AUGGCUGGUGUUAUUCAACUCGGAGACGCGAUCAAGUUCGCGGAGCUUGCCCGGACUGUCUAUGAAUUGGGAUGGUCAAAGGAGCACAAUGCAAGUGAAAACUAUCGCGAUUUUGUCGCCGAUGUUCACACACUCCAGACAAGUCUAGAAGACCUCGAAGAUGCUGUCAUAAGAGCCCAGCAGUCGCUUCUCAAUCAUGGAGCAGUGAUCACUGACAGGCUGGGUGGUGACCGAGAUUCCUUAUUCGAAAUUAUUGGUGAUUACGAUGCCACUUUGCGGGAAUGCCGCCAGCUUCUGGAAGACAAUCGACGUUACGCCGAGACAACGGGUCCUAUCAAGAACAUUGGCUGGAACAUCAGCGUUAUGCCUCAGGUCGAGCAUCUUAGAGGUCGGCUCCAGAUGCAUAGCUCUCGCAUCCAACAUAUUCUGAAGCCCUUUCAAAUAGAUUUGAAUCGGAGACUCCGGUCUAUGCACAAGGAUAUACAAGACGUCAAAAGGACCAUGAACUCCAUACUCAGAAAUCAAAAUGCUGACCUCGCAAACCAAAUUGAGCACGAGCCUGUGCAAGAGGAGCUGUCGGCAGAAUACUCCCAGUUUCGAGAUGAGGUAAUCCUGCCUGACCCUUCAGCGUUGACAGAUGCUAUGCUCGCCUUUUGGCCAGAAGACGAACCACAUACGACUGCGGCACCUCCAGCGCCGACCACCCAAGACACUUGUUUAUUCCAAGGAUCUUUGGCAACUUUGUCGCCUGACAUAUCUCGGCGUGAGAUACAAUUACUACAACAAUCCGACUCGGAAUACCGCUUCAGAAUUGUCGAAACCGUUGAGUCAUACACCCCUACACUGACAAAAAUGCCAGGAGUGUUUGACUUCGAUAUUCGCUCCGCUUUCCUGAUUCCAUUGUAUGCCGACCCGAUGGGCCGCAGCAAGGCAAAACGGCCACUGGAGAUCAUAAUUGAAGAGAAGAAAUUGCAGCGCCACUACGUCUUCCUUCGCUUGCAAGAUGUCCUAGCAUUCCAGGCGGCUGUGACCGGUUUCAAGGUUGUUGACGGCUACAUGGAACCUCGCGCAAUAGCAAAGUUCAUUGUGCAUGGACAAGAGCCUCCUGAGGACGUGACUAUACAGCUAUGGAUACCAAAAGGAUGGACCGAUACAGAUGACACGAUGAUCAAGACACCACCCAGUGGAAGUCAAAGCCGCUCCGAUAGCAUUUCUUCGCACCAAUCCACCACCUCAUAUUCCUCUAGCUUGAGUCACAAAAGCCAACGCUCCCAACAUAGCGUCACUGUUAGCCUAGGGUGUAGUAGUGUUGGCACAGGCUACGGCACAAUCCGUCAACCCCCUCGCAGCCCACUUCUGGUGCUGUUCGUUGGACCGAAAGGUCCUGAGGCCAGAAGGUCCAUCGUGGCCAUCACUCUCGAUAAGUGGACGGAGACCCAAAGAGAUAAAUGCAAAUGCCUGCGGUUUCCGGAAUGCCCCAUCACGGCCAUAGGAAGCAGUCGUACACUGAUAGACGCUCGCAGGCUUGUUGGCGAGAAGUGGGACCUUCUACCACUCGCGGCGUCGCGUAGGGACGCGCAGUAUCCCUGGUUGGGACUUAUUCGCGUCAGUAUCUGGUUUCCUGCUCCGGAGUUACGAAAAAGGUUUGGUGGCGGACCUUGCCGAUGUCCCAAGGAAACGGAGGGCGAACUUGAGUUGUGCCAUAUGCAGGGGCACCAGGGCCUCUUUGGGGUCGUGAAGGACUUCUACCGGAGGCUGUUGAUACAAUAUCAUGAUGAGACUGACAACCUGGUGGAUGUGGUGAAUGGUCCCCCUUAUGGAUAA